UCAGGCAGAUAGUAACAUGGCCAGAUGAGCCACAGCAGGGUGUGCGCUGUGUUUGGUGGCACCAGGGGAAUAGGAAAAGCUAUAUCAGAAAGAUUUCUGCGUGAGGGCUUCAAGGUCGCCGUUUUAGGAAGAGACCCAGAAGCCAUUUCAAAAUAUCAGGAGAAGAAUGUGAAUGAGGAUAGAAUCUUGGCUUUACAUUGCGAUGUCACAUCAAGUACGUCAGUGGAAGAUUCCGUCCAAUCCAUCCUGGUCAAGUACGGACACAUCAGUGUCCUGGUCAACUGUGCUGGGGUCAACAGGGACAGACUGCUGCUGAGAACUUCAAUGACAGACAUCAAUGAACAGAUCAAUACAAAUCUGACUGGUACCAUAUUAACAUGUCAGGCUGUGGUGAGGCAUAUGAUCCAGAACAAGAGUGGCAGCAUCAUUAACAUAGGUAGCAUAGUUGGACUGAAAGGCAACCAAGGGCAGUGUGUGUAUAGUGCAACAAAGGCAGGGUUGGUUGGAUUCACAAAAUCUUUGGCCAAAGAAGUAGCAUCAAGAGGGAUAACAGUUAACUUGAUUGCUCCUGGUUUUAUAGAAACUGAUAUGACAGCCACGUUGUCCUCACAUCAGCUAGAUACAGUCAUCAAGAGGAUUCCCCUGAAGAAGUUGGGCCAGCCACAGGAAGUGGCAGAGGUAGCAAUGUACUUAGCAGGUGCUUCCUAUAUAACUGGUCAGGUUUUGUGUGUAGAUGGUGGAUUGGGUAUUAGUAUCCCAUGAACAACAUUUUAAAAUAAAAUAGCAAUGAAAAUAAUGACUAAGGGGGAAAAAUACAUCCGUUGUCCAGAGGAGAACUUUUCACCUGACUUUAUUUGGUGCUGUGCUUGUUUGGAUGGUAUUGAUUCAUAAAAUGUGUUCUCAAUAAAGAGUAAUAAAAAUUUCAUCAUCUUUA